AGUGAAAGCACUGCUAUCUCCCUGUCUUUCGGUUUGUUUUUGUGGAGUCCUUGGCUUGUCACGAAAGAAAAACACAAAGCGAAACAAAUGGCAGAAUCGUCGUCUUCGUCUUCGUCACCAGUAGUAAAAUCAGAUGCGGAAACAGAAGAAUUACUGGAUCGAAUGUUAACUCGGCUUGCUUUAUGCGACGACUCGAAGCUUGAAACUUUACUGUCUAAGAUUCUCCCUCUCACUAUCUCGUCACUUUCCUCAAACUCCACCGCCGUCCGCAACAAGGUUCUUGAAAUUUUGAGUCAUGUCAACAAGAGAGUGAAAUAUCAACAUGAGAUUGGUUUGCCAUUACAAGAGUUAUGGAAACUGUAUACCGAAGCCAAUGCCACUGCAAUUGUCAAGAACUUUUGCAUCGUGUAUAUUGAGAUGGCAUUUGAACGGGUAAAUAUAAAGGAAAAGGAAAAUAUGGCACCUGUGCUUGUUGCUAACAUCUCUAAACUUCCUCUUCAACAUCAAGAGAUUAUCUUGAGAAUUGUUACUAAGGUGAUUGGUGAAUGUCAUGCUAGUGGGAUCGAUGAAGAAGUUGCUGUAAAGUAUAGAUCAGUGAAUGGCUCUCAGGACAGAGAAUUAUUUGCUGAGUUCUGCCUUCAUUUAAUGUUAUACAAGCAGUCAUCUCAAGGAGGAGGAUGCUCACCUGGGCUUUCAAUUGCUCAAAGCAAUCGUGUUGCAGGAAAGAAUCCCUUAAAAAAUGAAGAACUUCUGAUGAGAAAGUUAGGGGUUUUGAAUGUUGUUGACGCCAUGGAGCUGGGUCCAGAACCUGUUUAUCCCCUAUAUCUGGUUGCUAGCGCAGAUAGUCAAGAGGCAGUUAUUAAGAAGGGGGAGGAGCUCCUGAGGAAGAAGGCAGCGAGUGCUAAUUUAGAUGAUUCAAACUUGAUGAACAAACUGUUUUUACUAUUCAAUGGUACUACUAGCACUGGAAAUGUCGCUCCAGAAUCUAAAGUCAACCCAGCAAGUGUUUCUUUGAAAACAAAGCUGAUGUCUGUAUUUUGCCGGUCUAUUACUGCUGCAAACAGUUUCCCAGCAACUCUGCAGUGUAUUUUUGGUUGCAUAUAUGGAAGUGGUACCACCUCAAGGUUGAAGCAAUUGGGAAUGGAAUUCACUGUUUGGGUGUUUAAGCAUGCAAAAAGUGAUCAGCUGAAGCUCAUGGGCCCUGUUAUACUGACUGGGAUUCUGAAGUUACUUGAUAGUUAUUCAAGCUCAGAAUCAGAUGCUAUUGCUAGGGACACCAAAACAUUUUCUUUUCAAGCAAUUGGAUUACUUGGGCAGCGCCUUCCCCAUCUCUUUAGAGACAAGAUUGAUAUGGCUGUUCGUCUUUUUGAUGCAUUGAAAGCUGAAGCUGAAUCUCUUCGUUUUGUUAUCCAAGAAGCAACCAAUUCUCUUGCUGCUGCAUACAAGGGAGCACCAGCUACUGUAUUGAUGGACCUGGAGACUCUUCUUCUGAAUAAUUUUCAAGCAGAACAAAAUGAAGUACGUUUGUGUGCCGUGAGAUGGGCAACAUCUUUAUUUGAUUUGAAGCAUUGUCCAAGUAGAUUUAUAUGCAUGCUUGGUGUGGCAGAUUCUAGGUUGGAUAUAAGGGAAAUGGCACUUGAAGGCCUGUUUCUUGACAAAGACAUGGGUCGAAGUAGAAGACAGAAUAUUGAUUUUAUAUACCCAAAACUUGGAGAGAUGUUGGAUUAUAUUGUUAAGCAGCAGCCAAAAUUGUUAGAGUCAAGUGAAAUGAGGGAACAAAAGCUUCUUUUUUCAUCUAAAAUGUAUGUGGCUAUGAUCAAUUUUUUGUUGAAGUGUUUUGAGUCAGAGUUGGACCAAAACAACUCUUUAGGGAGAUCAACUGAAUUUCUGUCUUCAGUGGAAACAAUGUGCUUACUGCUAGAACAUGCUAUGGCAUAUGAAGGCUCUGUUGAAUUGCAUGCCACUGCUUCCAAGGCAUUAAUUACAAUUGGAUCUUAUCUUCCAGAGAUGAUCGCAUCACACUAUGUGCCUAGAAUAUCAUGGCUAAAACAAUUACUGAGUCAUGUAGACUUAGAUACUCGUGAAUCUGCAGCACGCCUACUUGGCAUAGCUUGCUCUGCUAUUCCUCCCGCCACAUCAUCAGAUCUAAUUUCUGAGCUACUCUCUGCAAUUUCUAAAACAAGCAAUUUAAGGUUUGAGGCACUUCAUGGAAUACUGUGUGCAAUUGGAUAUGCUACUGCAGAGUGUAUGUCUAUAGCGGUUGCUAUCCCAGGGACAUUGUUUCAGAAAAUACUUAAAUGCCUGACUGAUAUUGCUAAUUCUGAGACCGCAACAUUGGCCUCUAUUGCUAUGCAAGCUCUGGGUCAUAUUGGAUUACGUGCACCAUUACCUCCUCUUGUUGAUGACUCUAGUUCAGUUGACAUUCUGAUACUCUUAAAUGAAAAGUUGAGCAAGCUACUCUCCGGUGAUGACAAUAAAGCAAUUCAGAAAAUCGUUAUCUCCCUUGGACACAUCUGUGUAAAGGAAACGUCACCUUCACUCCUGAAUAUUGCCCUUGAUUUGAUUUUUAGUCUCUGUCGAUCAAAGGUUGAGGAUGUCCUGUUUGCUGCUGGGGAGGCUCUGUCAUUUUUGUGGGGUGGCAUUCCUGUUACAGCUGAUGUGAUUCUCAAAACUAACUAUUCUUCACUUUCAAUGACUUCAAAUUUUCUUCUGGGGGACAUAAGCUUAUCUUUGUCAAAAUACAACCCUAAUGAGAAAUGUGAAGCUAAUGAAGAUUACCACGCCACCAUUAGAGAUUCAAUUACUAGAAAACUCUUUGAGACUCUUUUAUACAGUAGCAGAAAAGAAGAACGCUGUGCUGGAACUGUUUGGCUACUAUCACUGACAAUGUAUUGUGGUCGUCACCCGACCAUCCAACAAAUGCUUCCACAAAUUCAGGAGGCUUUUUCACACUUGCUUGGUGAACAGAAUGAACUUACACAAGAGCUAGCAUCACAAGGUAUGAGUAUUGUCUAUGAACUUGGUGAUGCAGCAAUGAAGAAAACUUUAGUAGAUGCACUUGUAACAACUUUGACGGGUUCAGGAAAGAGGAAAAGAGCUAUCAAGCUGGUAGAAGACUCUGAAGUUUUCCAAGAGGGGACUAUUGGUGAAAGUCUGAGUGGAGGGAAACUUAGCACUUAUAAGGAGCUAUGCAGUCUAGCAAAUGAGAUGGGCCAACCAGACAUGAUUUAUAAAUUUAUGGAUCUGGCUAAUCAUCAAGCUUCUCUAAAUUCCAAGAGGGGUGCUGCUUUUGGAUUUUCCAAGAUAGCCAAACAAGCUGGAGAUGCCCUCCAACCACACUUACAACUAUUGAUUCCACGGCUAGUUAGAUACCAAUACGAUCCUGAUAAGAAUGUGCAGGAUGCAAUGGCUCACAUAUGGAAGUCAUUAGUUGCAGAUCCAAAGAGAACUAUUGAUCAACAUCUUGACUUGAUUGUUGAUGAUUUAAUAAUUCAAUGUGGAUCUAGGCUUUGGCGUUCACGUGAGGCUUCCUGUCUUGCCCUUGCAGAUAUUAUUCAAGGGAGAAAAUUCAAACAGGUUGGAAAGCAUUUGAAGAAAAUAUGGACAGCAGCAUUCCGUGCCAUGGAUGAUAUAAAGGAGACUGUCCGAAAUGCUGGAGACAGAUUAUGCCGUGCUAUUUCUUCAUUAACAAUACGGCUAUGCGAUAUUUCACUUACUGAAGUAUCAGACGCCAGAGAAGCAAUGGGGAUUGUUCUGCCUCUGUUGCUUGCUGAUGGGAUUUUAAGUAAAGUUGACAGUAUUCGCAAGGCAUCAAUCGGUGUUGUUAUGAAGCUUGCAAAGGGUGCAGGGAUUGCACUUCGUCCACAUUUGUCUGAUUUAGUUUGUUGCAUGCUGGAAAGUUUGUCAAGCCUUGAAGACCAAGGUCUCAAUUAUGUUGAGUUGCAUGCAGAAAAUGUUGGAAUACAGUCAGAGAAGCUUGAGAAUUUGCGGAUUUCAAUUGCGAAAAGCUCUCCUAUGUGGGAAACUCUUGACCUAUGCAUAAAUGUUAUAAAUACUGAAUCCUUAAAUCUCUUGGUUCCUCGCCUUGCUCAUUUGGUUCGAUCAGGUGUUGGACUCAACACCAGGGUUGGUGUGGCCAGCUUUAUCAGCUUAUUGAUUCCAAAAGUUGGAGCAGAUGUAAAGCCAUUUACAAGCAUAUUAUUGAGGGUGUUGUUUCCAGUAGUUAAGGAGGAGAAAAGUGCUGCUGCAAAGCGUGCUUUUGCAAGCGCUUGUGCCGUGGUUCUGAAGCAUGCUGGUCAUUCCCAGGCCCAAAAGUUAAUUGAAGACACUGCAGCUUUGCAUACUGGGGAAAAGAAUGCUCAAAUUUCAUGUGCAAUUCUUUUGAAAAGUUAUUAUUCUGUGGCAUCUGAUGUUCUGAGUGGAUAUCAUGCAGUAAUAUUUCCAGUUAUAUUUAUUUCAAGAUUUGAAGAUGACAAGAAUAUUUCUGGCCUAUUUGAGGAGCUGUGGGAAGACAGUACAAGUGGUGAACGGGUCACCAUUCAUUUGUAUUUAGGAGAAAUUGUUUCUCUUAUUUGUGAAGGCCUUGCAUCAUCAUCAUGGACAAGUAAAAGAAAGUCAGCCCAGGCAAUUUGCAAGCUUAGUGAAGUUAUGGGUGAAUCAUUGUCUUCUUAUCACCAUGUUCUGCUCGAUUCUGUUAUGAAAGAACUUCCUGGUCGUUUAUGGGAGGGUAAGGAGUCCCUCCUAAAUGCAAUAGGUGCACUUUCUUCAUCCUGCCAUAAAGCAAUUUCCUCUGAAAAUCCUGUCACCUCUGAUGCUAUUUUGAAUAUGGUAUCUUCCGCAUGCACGAAAAAGGUGAAGAAAUACCGUGAAGCAGCUUUCUCUUCUCUUGACCAGGUUAUAAAAGCUUUUGGUGAUCCGAAGUUCUUUAAUGUGAUUUUUCCUCUAUUAUUUGGGAUGUGCGACUCUACUGCUGCCAAUAAAUCUGGGUCAGCAUUGGCAAGUGAUGCUGCUAAAACAGAUAAUGUGGACCCUGCUGUGCCACUUGAAAAGAUUCUUGGCUGCGUGAUGUCUUGCAUCCACGUGGCACAUUUAAAUGAUAUUUUUGAACAGAAAAAGAACUUGAUGGACCUGCUCUUGAUCUCUCUCUCGCCUGGGUUUCAGUGGACAGUCAAAUUGUCGGCAUUUUCAUUAAUUAAAGAACUUUGCUCGAGGCUACAGAGCAUCCUGGUGGAGGCUUCUAAGGGAGCCUCUCAGCAUGAUAGCGCAACUUCUUUUGUUCAGGAGCUGUUCUAUUCUGUAUCACCAAAGAUAGUUGAAUGUAUAAGCACGAUAAAGAUUGCUCAGGUUCACAUAAGUGCUUCAGAGUGCCUUCUGGAGGUCACAGGUCUUGCAUCAGUGCGCUGGACAGAUGUAGGGUUCAAGGAAGAGCUUCUUCAUCAGUAUGAAGUGGAGAAGAAUGAGGAGGCAAAAUCAUAUUUGAAAAAAUGCAUUGACAUCUUUGAAAAUCUAGAAUGAGAAUAUCCAAGCCAACCUGGACUCCCUCAUAGAUGUGAAACUGGCAAGUGCAUGCUUAAAUUUUCGAUGAGGUAACGACGUUUGGUUUGGUUUGGUUGGUGCCUGCUACGUUACGAUGUGCUCUUGCCAAUACAAAAGCUGUCCAAUAACAGUGAAGCUGGGUAGUGAGGGAGACAAAAUUGAUUCAAAUGUAUCGUACCUGUAUGAUGAUCGAGUAGUUCAGAACUAAAGAUUUUACACUGGUCCUUCCUGCCCAAUUAAAUAUAUACACACACUAUAAGAAAUGCCUUGCGAGUAUGUCAAAAAGAAUCUAAUUAAACUGAUACUUCACUCUUUGUUUCAGAGAUCAAACAAUAUUCUCCUGAAAUUCGUUAGCUACACCAAAUCCAAGCCCAUUUUUCUUUGAA